AUGACCCCUGAGUUCCUUGCCAAUUCCAAAGUCCAAACAGCCCCUAAGCUCCAAACAGUUCCUAGCUUCCUUGCCAAUUUCGGCUACAACAAGAGGGAUUGUUCUGGAAAGCUAGGUAAUAGCGGGGUAGGAUACAGUCCUAUUCUACAGUCUACAAGCACCAGAAGGAGCUUCAGUGUCAGUUCUUCCAGGGCAGUAGAUGAGGAGGAGGCUAUAGAACGUUUGACUUCAGUGUCUAAGGGAACAAGUGCGAGGUAUGAGGAGUCAAAUGCGCCUUUACGAAGAUUAAUGCGCAAAGGUGUUCAUUCCAACUAUUUCCAAGCCCUAUGGCAGAAGCAGAAACGUUAUACGCAGGCGCAGCAGCAAGAACUAGCUUUGGCAUCAUCAAACUCGAGCGUAGCGUUUAUCAGUGGACUAGAUUUGGCAAACUUAGUGGUCAACGCUGAUCUUCUCCAGCUUUCAUGUGGGGCCAUAAAGGACCUACUCGCAGAAACCAAUCAAGAUGAACAAUUGUCCGAGACUCUGUCUGUCAGAUACAAACUUGUUAACCAAUCAAAUUGUACCAUCAUAGCUUUUGCCACUUCGCCUCUCUGUACAAAAGACCAUAUUUUACGAGGACGAGAUCUGGUUUCAUCAUCAACUCUCAAGGAGCAGGGGUUUCCUCUCUUUGACUUCUUAUGCUCCAAAGGCAAUCCGUCCUUCUCCGUUCAUAGAGCUGCAAUAAACCUUUUUCAGGCCUAUUUUCAGGAGCUUUCUCAACUCAAAGCUCAGAUCCAUGAUUUGAAGACUGGUGAAUUACUCGUGAAAUCUCAGUUGAUUGUUACUGGACACUCUCUUGGAGGAUCAAUUGCUUCUCUCUUUACCUUAUGGUUGUUAGACAACAUCAAGCAAACAUCCAAAAUAAAUGAACUCCCCCUCUGCAUCACUUUUGGUUCACCACUUAUAGGCGACCAAGGCCUCCAACGUGCCAUCUCAGGACGUUCAAUAUGGAAGCAUUGCUUUCUACACGUUGCCGCCAACAAGGACCCACUUCCAAGAAUUUUCAUAACUUCACAAGCUAAUCCUCAGUACAUGCCUUUUGGUACGUAUUUCUUCUGUUCUAGGUCAGGAUGCAACUGUGUUGAUGACCCUGAAGUGGCUUCAAGGUUGUUGAAAAGCACAAUUAGUCAAGUUUCCGCUGAAGAAAUGGGGAUUGAUGAUUAUAGCGGAAUAGGGAAGCAUCUGAAGUCGAGGCUUAUCAUGAGGGAAAAUUCACAACUUGGCCAACCAGCUACACCUCCACUUCGGCAAGGGAUAAUUUUACAACUGAACGCAGUUGGAGUUGAAAUAACAGCUCAGCAGCAGCAGAACAACAGCAUCAAUGAUCUUAUAUCCGAAUUGGAAAGGCACAUAAAUCGAAUGGCACUACAAAUGAAGGCUACUGACCCAAAAAAGCUAAACCAAGUAAAGAUAAAAAUGGCCUACCUAGAAUGGUACAAGAAAGACUGCAAGACUAAGGGGAUAGGCUACUAUGAUAGUUACAAGAACCUGUACUCUAUCAGCGACAGAGAGGUUACCAGGCACAAGAAAGUUCUCGUCAGUUACUGGAAAAAAUUGGCGGAGGAUGCUGAGCAAAAACCCCAGAAAGAAGGAGCUAAUAUGCGGGAGACAUGGCUUUUUGCUGGAACAAAUUAUAGAAGAAUGGUUGAACCGCUUGACAUUGCUGAAUACUAUAGACAGACUGGGAAACGAGACUAUAAAAAUAAUGGAAGAUCAAAACAUUAUAUUCUGCUUGAGAAAUGGCAAAAGGAGCAUACAGAAAAACUUGCAGGCCCGCCAAAUGAUAAGAAGAAACAAAGUGUGGCCGGUAACCUUACAGAGGAUUCUUGCUUUUGGAUGAAUGUGGAGGAGGCUCUCAUUUCAUGCAAAUUGUUGAAGGAUGAAACCUCCAGUACUGCAGAGAAACAAUCAGCGAGACAGUUUCUGAAUUGGUUUGAGCAAUAUGUGAUGGACCAAAUCAAUAACUAUGCGGUAUCUCCUGAAAUUUUCUUGGAGAGAAGCAGUUUUAUGAAAUGGUGGAAAGAUUUUCGGAAAAUGAUAGAAACAUCCCAUGAUUCUCCUCUCGGUGACUUCAUGAAGAAUGCCAGAUAUCGCCAAUAUGAAAUAGGGCAGUUUUAG